AUGACGGCAGUUCUUUUCACCGCGAGCUCCAAGUCAUGCGUUUCCCUCGCCACGAAGGGCCAGGAAAUAACCUACGAUGCCCCUUACACGGACGGUUACCAACAAGGUUAUCCGGACUGGGUGGCACUCAGCUACACCUACCCCACUUCGAACUCCGUCAUCGACCCGUAUCUUGUAUAUGGCUACCCAGUACGAGGCUACAAUUUCGGUGCCAGCAAUCCCACUGCUUCGAUCACGUCCGGCCCGACAGCGAACACGGCAACAGCAUCCGCAUCAGCCACCUGUGACGCGGAGACAGCUCAUGCCCCCGCUUCCAUCAGCAAGGGCUCUAUCGCGGGGGCUGCCGUUGGCGGCGUGCUAGGCUUUGCCGGGCUGCUGGCCUUGGGUGCGGCUGUGGUCAUUAAUCGCAAGGCCCGACGGAUGAUGGCAGAGAACAACCCAACCGUGGCGCCACACCAGGACCAACCAAUGUCCGAGCGGUUCUCAGAGGCUUACACGUCCCAGCACAUGUCCCAGCAGUACCCUUCGCAGUUCCCUUCACCACUGUCUUCGCAAGGUCCGACUGUGUUCAACGGGUAUAAGGAGCAGCAUCAGCAUGAACUACCCGCUACCACCGAGGUCAGUGAGGUUCGGUAA